CCAGUCCGUCAGGUAGCGUACAGGCUCAGCAGCACGGCAUGGCCGUCCCUUAAACUGCUUUCCCUCCCCAGGCCGCUUGCUUUUUUUGGGGGGUCAUUUGUUUGGCCUUGCGGGCCUCUGAGCAGACAGUGGUUGCUGGGACCAGAAGCGCCGAUGCUUGUCUGUCCUCCACCCGGGCCGCACCGCUGUCUCUCUCUCUCUCUCUCUGCUUUUCAAUCCGUCGAUCCGUCGGUCCCUCUUGCGUGCGUCCAACAUCACCUCCUGUCUCCCGUCAUGGUCUCCAAAGUCGCCAGCACCCCUCCCGCAUCUCCGGCACCAGUCUCCCGGCCUUCCUCCAGAGCCUCGGUCUCGCUCCGCACACAGCGAUCCAUCAUCCGACUCGUUGAGCGGAUUUCCGAAAUCAAAACCUACUGGCGCAACAAGCUCAUCAAGUUUGCCGAGGAAGACUCGAUCGAUGAGGAGGAAGAGGCCGGCAGUAAACCCCUGCCCGAGUGGACGGCGACCGAGAAAUCUAGUCGCCAGCGUGCAGAUAACAAAAAGACAAACUCGGUCUACUCCAACGGCACCCGAUCUUCGAGCGUUCUCGAGCCCUCCAACCUCUCUCACACUGUCGCCGAGCAAGCCAGCAACAGCAGCUGCUCGGGUGAAGGCUCCUCCAGCGAAACCCUGUCGGAUUCAAAGGUUUCCGAGCCGGCAGCCUCAUCGCUCGAUGCGGCCGAGCCGCCCAAGGCCAACAAGCGCAACCGAGUCUCGAUCCACACGGCCCACAACACAACCUAUCACAUCAACCCAGAGUUCAAUGCCGUCAAGAGCCCCCAGGAUCACGAAGAGAUGCGGAAGCUCAAGGCAAAGCAUCGCCAGUCGCUGUCCGCCAGCAUCCAGCCCGCCACCAUCUAUCCGAGCUCCGGCCCGUAUCUGCUCUCGCCCAUGGCUUCGUCGACGCCGGUCCUGAUGUACUCUCCGGCGAGCCCUUCUCCCCAGGAGCCGCCCGCCAUGGUGGCACCUCUGUCUGUCCCUGGGAUCAGUGUCUCGGCUGCCACCGGCAAUCCCACAGCUCCGGCCGACAAAAAGCGAAGGAGCCGCGUCGUUUCCACCAUCGCUCCAGUUUAUUCGUCCCCCGAUGUCUCUCCCGAACCUUCGCCCCGACCCCCGUCGCCUGGCCAAGCCGACCCUCGCCGAGCCAGCGGCAUGUUCGUCCGAGAAGCCGCAACGCCCGUGCACCCGAUUCCUCCCUACGCCGCCGCCAUCUUUGCCUCGGGCCGAGACCAUUCGCUCGCCGUCAAUCGUUCUGAGGAUGAGCUCCGUCGCAUCAAGCAGAGCCGGCGAGUGUCGUCGCCAGUCUUCCCGACCGGCGAGGCGCUCAUGUACUACUACCCUGCCUACCCCCAGCCGAUGCCCGCCAAGCCCAAGCGGCGAUCGUCGGCCGUGCUACCCCGCGGCGACAGCGAUCCGUCCCUGCAGGGCUCGGGUCGCCUCCAGGCUCCCGUUGCGGCGCCCAGCCCGCGCAACCACCGGUUCAGCAACAGCCACGGCGACAGCCAGCAACUACACCCUGCCUAUCUCAGCCGGCCAACCCCUGGACAGGAUCGUCGACUGAACCGCGAGCCGACCCCGACCGACGAUGCUGAGGAAAACAUCCCCCUGGCACUGUCGCUCGAGUUCAAGCGACUCUCGUUCACCCCUGUGACCCUGACCGAGCCCGCCAUCACAUCCGACCUUUCGCUUCGACAGCCGAUACGCCUGGGAGCAUCCAGACCGCCGAGCGGCGAGACGACACCCGCGGACGAUGGAGAGGAGGAUGUUCCCCUGUUCUUGUUGAAAAAGAGCACCGCCCCGACGGUCUCUAUUCCCCCACUCGGCUCCGAUCUGGUUAUUGGAACACCGAUUGUGGCCUAAAGCCCGUCGCCCAGCUCUGCUCUCAGCCGCUCAGCCGCUCUCAGCCGCUCUCAAC